AAUCGUAUUUGAAAAAUAUGAGGAUGAAUGGAAGGACGCUAUUAAACGUGCUACAGUCUGGAUAACUGAAAAGAUCAAAGUCAAAGCAGAAAAAUAUGUCGAAGCAGAAGAAGAAUUGUACCAAGCCUGUGAACAAUACUUUAUCGAACAAGGGAUUGAAAUCUUUAAUAAAGAAGCUAUUACUGAAUUAGACAAAAUUGUAAUUACCGAUAAUACACGACAAGCUGUAUACUCCCAUCUUCGUAGCGGCGCUAACAAAGACAAUACUCUAAUAAUUUGCAAGUCCCAGAAUAAUGAUGGUUCAUUCUCUCUUCACUCCUUAAUAAAAGAGCACCUUCAAAUCCGGUCAAUCGACACCUUAACUAAAUCUUUGAAACGUUUUUCUGAAAGUCAAGCACUAAGAAGAUCAGAUGAUUCUAUAUGGAUUACGGCAUUUACAAUAACUUACAUCAAAAUCGUCCUUGUCGAACAUGAACCCGAAUGGCGCAAAGUUGUUGAACGAGCAUCUUUCUGGGUUACCGAGCGAAUAAAGAACGCCAAACUUGAAAAAGAAUUAUAUUCAGCAUGUGAACAGUACUUGAUUGACAGGGGUUGUAGUAUUAUUCAAGCAGAAGAAAGCGAAGUGUCACUGUCUAAAAAUGCUUAUCUCAAUCCGGAGAUCAUUGUCAUCGGAGCUGUAUAUGAGGCUAAUCGUAAAUUCGAGAAAAGUUGUGUUGAAUCAAAGACCAAAUUUGAUUUAAAUCAAGCCCGCAAAAAGAUUGACUUAUUUGUAGAAGAAGAAGUUGAAAACAUAUUUGCCACUAGAGUCACUUACUGUGACAAAGAGGAUAUUCUGCGUCGUGCAAAACGUGCCGCACGUUUCUUGGUCGAUGAACACUAUAAGACUGAUGAACUCUGUUGCUCUUGUUGCGGCAAGGACUACUGA